AUGAGCGCCAGUCCCGAACAAGCGCCGCAAGACGGGCAUCCGGCGCAAUCUCCAGAGCAAGCACCAGAUAUUAUUGAAGCUGGUGGCGAUGCGAGCGACGAUGAGUUCCAGCCUAGCGAGUGGGACGCUUCCUCAUCGGGCGACUCGUCCAGCAAGAUUAUUGAUUCCGGCACGGGCACCGGCAUAUGGGCAAUGGAAGCUUACGUCGAAACCCAAGACUUCGGCGCCAAUGUGAAGAGCGAUGACGGAACCAUGCCCCAAAACUGGCCUUUGUUGGAAUCCUGGUCCAAAAUCCGCGACGCCAUGCACAAAAUGAAGAUUGGCAUCCAAGUCGCUCCGCGCAUCGGUGCGAUUAUGAAAGACGCCGGCUUCGUCAACGUUCAAGUGAGAUUAUACAAAGUGCCGGUUGGAAGAUGGCCUCUCGAUAAGAUCAAGCGUCUGGUUGGACAUCACAUGCGCACUGUGACGGAGGAUUUUCUGGGCGCCGCUGCGAGCAAACCUUUGGCGGCUCUGGGAAUGGAACGGACGGAGAUCGAGGUAUUUCUCGCGUCAGUUCGGAGUGCGAUCAAGGAUCCAAAUUCGCAUGCGUAUGGCACGUAUUAUUCUCGGGUUGGACAGAAGCCCGUGGAGUCGGGUUCUAAGUGA